GAACGCAUCACUAUACCAUGGCAGUGGCAGCUGGGCGAAUUCUCCCGGAUGGGCCCAACUACCUCGUAGCCAAAGAGACAGCCACCGAGACCCUGAAUAGACCAGGCAAACAGACGAUGGGAAAUGAGAAUGUCAUACUAUGGAUGUCGGGUUUGGGGGUUUGAACUGGACAGCAGCUGGUGGACGAUGAAUGCCACUAUGUACUCGAAGUCUCGAACAUCAACCGACCGCAGCGGGCCGGGCCUCAGGCACAAGCGCGCAGGAAUUGGUUUCCACACCAGAGACUUUCUUUCCCCUGUUCCUGAGCAAUGUGCCAAUGACAAAUGGGUGAGUGCCAGCAUUUUCAAUCGCAAUCGCCCCUUGAACCCUAUAAUUCAGAAUCCCUCGCGUCUUGCUAAAUCAUCACUGGCGAGGAUUGCCACCAUGCAGCAAUUUCUCCUCGUUACCCCAGACCCCACAGAGCGGUCGGGUCGGACGCGGCAUCGGCGAGUUCACCCGACGCUCAACUGCCAUUGCCUUGCCGACGCGACUCCCGCUGUCGGAAUCGUAAAAUACGCCGUUUCCAUGACAGACCCUGUCCCCAAACAUGCCCCGACUGAGCCCGGUGCCACUGCCACAACCACCAUCAGAUCGGUGCAGUUUUGACCCGGAGAACUUCCCUGCAGACCCUGACGCAUUGGGCCCUGCUGGAAUGGCUUUUCAUCGGGCCGGGGAAGGCAACCAGUCGCGGGUCCCCCGCAGAGCGCCCGCAGGGAGAAUGUUCACCCCGGCGGGCGUAACAAGACAAUACGGCGAGGCGUGGGGUCGGCUUCGGAAGGCGGCAAAGCGAAGCAGGCGGAC